AUGGCUAGUCCGCCAGUUCUAGCUUUCGAUGCCGAGGGCCGUCCAGUGAAGUUCGAAACCUGGCUCGAUGACCUGCACCUGUUCCUACAGCUCACUGCCAAGGAAGAUAUCUCACUGUACGACCAUGCCCUAGGCCAUGCCGCUGCCCCUGACUCGUCUGCUGACAGCACUCUGCGUUCCCAGUGGCAGACCCGUGAUGCGCACGCUCGCUUUGCUAUUCGCAACUCCCUGCCGCUAGACGAGCGCGAGCACUUCGGCCAGUGCAAGACUGCUAAGGACCUCUACACCGCUGUAGUUGCCCGCUACUCCUCACCCGCUUCUGCCACGCUAGGCCGCCUCACUCUCCCCUACCUGUUCCCUGACCUAGCCUCCUUUCACACUGUCGCAGACCUCAUCACCCACCUUAAGACUAGUGAGGCCCGCUUUCGCGCUGCUAUGCCUGCCGAGGACCACUUCCUCUCUCGCUCCCCCACUGAGCUCACUGUUGCCCUCCUCGAGAAGGAACUGCUUGCAGCUGAGGCGAGCAUCGUCGCUGUAGGCACCUCUCGUGGCGACCCCCGCACCCCGUUCUUUGAGGGGUGUUCCCCUUCCCCCCUCCUCCCCUCUAUCGCCUCUGCUGCUGCUGUCGACCUUCUUGGUGCUGAGAAGGUCGGGACCGCGUCUGCUUCGAGCGGGCGCCGCAGGAACAAGGGGGGCAGGGGUGGGGGUGGUGGCGGAGGAGGUGGGGGUGGAGGCGGUGCGAGUGGAGGCGCGGCUGGGGAGACUGGUGGCGGCAGUGGGGGAGGAGACAGCAGCGGCGGGAGUGGUGGUGGAGGCGGCAGCGGAGGCGGAGGUGGUCGUGGCGGCGGCAGGGGUGGAGGUGGCCGGGGCGGCGGCGGUGGGGGUGGUGGUCGUGGAGGCACUGGCGGAGGGCAGAGUCAGCAGCCCGCCCCGACACUUCAGGCCGCCCGUGAGUGGUAUGCGCAGCGUAGCGUUACCUGCACGUACGUCAUUCGCACAGGUGACCGCAGCGGCCAGCAGUGUGGGAGGCCGCACCCCACGCAGCGCUGCUUCGCGCGCCUUAACGACGCGUGGCGCACUCAGUUUCCUGCUGCCACUGAGCUGCCGCGCUGGGCUGAUCUGGAAAAGAGGGGUGUUGAUAUUUGGGCUUUAGACUUUGAUGCUAUUCUCACUGCCAUGUAUGCGAUGUCUAUUAGUGGAGAGGGUGCUCAGUACUUGCGUGUUCCGCCCGACCCGGGCAUUCAGGCCAGUCCGGCUGCCGCUCUAGGUGCUAGUGCGUCUGCUCCCACAGGUCCUGGUGAGGCCGCUGCCCUAGGUGCUCGUGCGUCCGUGCCCCCUGGUACUGAGUCGACUGCAGCACUGCACACCUUCACACUGGACUCAGGUGCUUCUCGCUCCUUCUUUCGUGACCGCACUGUCCUUGAGCCACUCGCUCGGCCAGUUGCUGUCUCCCUUGCUGACCCCUCUGGGGGUCCGGUCAUUGCGACCUCCUCCACUGUCCUUCCUUGUCCGGCGGUCCCGUCCGGCACGCUGUCAGGUCUCUACCUCCCCUCGUUCUCUACGAACCUGGUGGCAGGUAGUGCGCUCCAGGACGGAGGUGUUCACCAGUUCACCCCUGCCUACGAGCGCGUGACACACUGCACGUGUGCUCGGACGGGUCGCCACCUGGCUACCUUCACUCGGGAGCCGGGGUCGGACCUUUACACACUGACCACUGAGUCCCCUCAGGUAGCUGCGUCUGCGUCUGCGUCAGGUCAGCUGUCCGCCCCCUGCUCGUGUCGCUCUCUGGCGCAUGAGACUGUCCUUUGGCACCACCGCCUUGGUCACCCGUCUGUGCAGCGCCUUCGGGCUAUGCACAAACGGGACCUUGUUGCUGGUCUUCCCAGGGUGCUCCCUCCCCUUCCCGACUCGCCUGCUCCUCCCUGUAUUCCCUGUGUCGAGGGACGGCAGCGCGCCGCUCCUCACUCCUCCUCCUUUCCCCCGACGACUGCUCCCUUGCAGACGCUCCACAUGGACGUGUGGGGCCCAGCCCGCGUCCGUGGUCAGGGUCAGGAGAGGUACUUCCUGAUUGUUGUUGACGACUUCUCGCGCUACACCACGGUCUUCCCCUUGCGCGCCAAGGGUGACGUCCCUGAUGUCUUGAUCCCUUGGAUCCGCAGAUCUCGUCUCCAGCUCCGUGAGCGUUUCCGCUCUGACUUCCCUGUCCUGCGUCUGCACUCUGACAGAGGUGGGGAGUUUUCCUCUAGCCUAUUGGAGGCCUUCUGUCAGCAGGAGGGCAUUGAGCAGUCGUACACGCUUCCGGCCUCUCCACAGCAGAAUGGGGUUGCUGAGCGUCGCAUUGGUCUGGUCAUGGAGGUCGCUCGUACCUCCUUGAGCCAUGCGGCUGCCCCCCAUUUUCUGUGGCCGUUUGCAGUCCGAUACGCUGCGCAUCAGCUCAACCUCUGGCCCCGUGUCUCCUUGCCCGAGACUUCUCCGACAUUGCGUUGGACGGGAGAGGCUGGCGAUGCGUCGCGUUUUCGGGUCUGGGGAUCCCGAGCUUUUGUCCGCGACACGUCCGCGGACAAGCUCUCCCGUCGCGCUGUCCCCUGCGUCUUCCUUGGCUUUGUCCCGGACGCCCCUGGCUGGCAGUUCUACCACCCCACCUCGCGUCGUGUCCUGGCCUCUCAGGACGUCACUUUUGACGAGUCCGUCCCCUACUACCGCCUCUUCCCCUACCGCACUGCCCCGCUCCCCCCCCCGCCUCUCUUCCUCGCUCCAGGUGCUGAGGUACCAGACCCCCUCCCCCCUCAGGGUGCCGCUCCCUCAGGUGUGUCCCAGGUAGACCCGGGUGAGCCUGUCGAGGUAGCUGUUGACUCUCGUCCUGCUAGGGGUGCUGAGCCUGGGGGUGCUGCGUCUGGGGGUGCUGAGCCCGGGGGUGCUGCGUCUGGGGGUGCUGAGCCUGGGAGUGCUGAGUCUGGGGGUGCGGAGCCUGGGGGUGCUGAGCCAGGAGGUGCGGAGCCUGGAGGUGCUGAGCCUCGGGGUGCUGAGUCUGGGGGUGCUGAGUCUGGGGGUGCUGAGCCUGUGCGUGCUACACCUGGAGGAGCCCUCUCCUCCCAGCAGCUGCAGGAGAGGUACCUCGAGUACUGCCGCCUCCGGAGAGGUGCUGCUGGAGCUCGUCCCGGUACUUCCCCUCCUACCCAGGAGCUCCCCCCCAUUCAGCAGAUCCGCGAGUGGUACACACGGCGCUGCAGUCUUCGGAGUGGUGCUCCUGGUGCUGCGGACCCUGGGGGUGGCGCUGCUGCUGGUGCUGAGGACCCGGACGUUGGAGCUGCUGCUGGUGCUGAGGACCCGGACGGUGGAGCUGCUGCUGGUGCUGAGGACCCGGCCGGUGGAGCUGCUGCUGGAGCUGAGGACCCGAGCGGUGGCGCUGCUGCUGCUACUGAGGACCCGUGCGUUGGAGCUACUACUGGUGCUGAGGACCCGGCCGGUGGAGCUGCUGCUGGUACUGAGGACUCGGACGGUGGAGCUGCUGCUGGAGCUGAGGACCCGAGCGGUGGCGCUGCUGCUGCUACUGAGGACCCGGGCGUUGGAGCUACUACUGGUACUGAGGACCCGGCCGGUGGAGCUGCUGCUGGUGCUGUGGACCCGGCCGCUGGAGUCUCCUCUGCUUCUGGAGACGCUGCGCGACCGCGACCGUACUUCGUACCGCUCCUUCAGCAGGUUCUUGGGCAGACUCCUCCUCCUUGUCCUCCUCCCUCUGUAGAGUGUCCUCUGCCUGUCCAGCCGCAGUCACAGUUCCCGCCUACCUCGCCUCUCCCUGCUCCCUCUCCGUACACUGGUCCCACAGGAGGUCUUACAGAGCGUCGUGAGCCUGAGUCUCGUCCUGCGUCGCCUGUUCGUCCUGCUCGCACUGGUAGUCGUGUCCGUCGUGAGCGUCCUCCUCCUGUCCCAGGCACUCACUACAUGACUCUGCGUCCCUCUACUGCUCCUCAGCGUGUCCCUCUGCCGUCUCCUCCUGCGUCUUCUUUGCCUCACGUUCCGGACCCUGAGUCUGACCGGUACCGUGCUGAGCACCCUACUGUCACGCGUCUCCUCGCUACUGUUGUCACUGACCCUACCUUUGAGUCCUCGACUGCGUCUGCUCUGGUCGCUGAGUUGGUUGACUUUGCUGCUGCCUGUCGUCUCGACUACGCUGCUAGCCUUGUUGCUGAGUCUGAGUCUGAGUCUGUCUGUCCUCCGUCCGUCGGGGACCCGGAUGCACCAGACAUCCCGACCCCGCGCACUUACGCUGAGGCGAUGGCGGUUCCCUACUCCUCUCAGUGGCAGACAGCCAUGGACGCCGAGAUGGCCUCCUGGAAGUCCACACGCACCUACGUCGACGAGGUUCCCCCUCCUGGGGCGAACAUCGUCAGUGGCAUGUGGAUUUUCAGGGUGAAGCGGCCGCCAGGUUCUCCGCCUGUCUUCAAGGCGCGUUACGUGGCUCGAGGCUUCAGUCAGCGAGAGGGAGUUGAUUUCUUCCAGACCUUCUCUCCCACCCCGAAGAUGACUACUCUUCGGGUGCUGCUGCACAUAGCCGCUCACCGCGACUACGAGCUUCACUCACUUGACUUCAGCACUGCUUUCUUGCAGGGCAGCCUGCACGAGGAGAUCUGGCUGCGCCGCCCACCUGGCUUCACUGGGUCGUUUCCUCCUGGUACUCAGUGGAGGCUUCAGCGGCCGGUCUACGGUCUCCGCCAGGCUCCGCGUGAGUGGCACGACACACUGAGGACUACACUUGCGGCUCUUGGGUUCGCGCCUUCUACAGCUGACCCGUCGCUGUUCCUGCGCACCGACACUUCGCUGCCGCCGUUCUACAUCCUCGUGUACGUCGACGACUUGGUCUUUGCCACUGCUGACACUGCAGGACUCGCCUACGUGAAGUCAGAGCUGCAGAGGAGACACACGUGCACAGACCUGGGUGAGCUGACAAGCUAUCUUGGCUUGCAGAUCACCCGGGACAGAGCACGGCGCACCAUCACCCUGACUCAGUCACACAUGGUGCAGCAGGUUCUCCAGCGCUUCGGCUUCACGUACUCCUCGCCUCAGUCCACUCCUCUGCCUACCGGUCACUCGCUCUCAGCUCUGCCUUCGGAUGAGUCCGUAGAGCCGAGUGGCCCGUAUCCAGAGCUUGUGGGCUGCCUCAUGUACCUGAUGACCUGCACUCGACCUGACCUUGCAUACCCUCUUAGCAUCCUUGCACGCUAUGUCGCUCCUGGCCGUCACAGGAAGGAGCACAUGGAUGCCGCUAAGAGGGUGUUGCGCUACUUGUGCAGUACGUCGGGCAUGGGGCUUGUGCUUGGAGGGCGAGACCGAGUUGUUCUCACAGGGCACUCAGACGCUUCUUGGGCAGACGACCAGGCCACUCAGCGGUCGUCUCAGGGUUACACCUUCAGCCUUGGCUCUGGCUCAGUUUCUUGGCGCUCUACACGCUCUUCUUCUGUUCUCGGCUCCAGUUGCGAGGCUGAGAUCUACGCUACAGCCAUGGCUGCCCAGGAGCUACGCUGGCUGACCUACCUGCUGACCGACCUCGGAGAGCCGCCUCGUUCUCCUCCAGUCCUGUACGUCGACAACAAGGCUGCCAUUGCCUUGUGUGAGGAGCACAGACUGGAGCACAGAACGAAGCACAUCGCCCUGCGGUACUUCCUUGCUCGUGAGCUGCAGCAGCGCGGUCAGCUUUGUAUUCGCUACGUGGCCACUGAGGCCAACACUGCUGAUGUGUUCACCAAGGCGCUUCAGCCUCGUGACCAUCAGCGCUUCUGCACUCUACUAGGCCUUGUGCCUACUGGACCUCACUUACUUACCUCUUGA